AUGUCUGUUCACAUGCAACGAACUGAUGACGAUACACUUAAAGAAGGUACUUUUAAUGGUUUGUGGCAAUUAAAAGAAUUAGUUAUAGUUAAAUGUGCAUUAAAAGUUAUAGAAUCGAAUACAUUUCAAUCAUAUGGACUUGAAGAGUUAGAAACAUUAAAUCUACAAGAUAACAAAAUACGUUUAAUAUAUUCAGUGACAUUCGAACCUAACACAUUCUAUGGAAUGGAUUGGUUAAAUUCGUUAAGUUUACGCAAUAAUUUACUAGAAACAUUACCAAUGAAUUUAUUUAAAAAUUUACAUACUUUACAAAAAAUUGAUUUACAAGGAAAUCAAUUAAAAAUAUUAUCAAAUAAUAUUUUCUCAAAUUUAGGAUCAUUCUACGAAAUAUCAAUUAACUUAAAUUUUAAUCAAAUAAAAUAUUUAUCUCCGCAAGCUUUUGAAAAUAAAUUGAAAAUUAGUGAAGGAUCUCAUUAUGAGUCGCAGUUUGGUAUGAUGCCAGUAUGUACAGUGACCAUUUAUGAUGAUUGUAUUCAAGAUACAAAUUUAAAUUUAUUUGUAUUCCAAUCGUUUUAUCUUGCUAUUCAAAAUGCAUCAUUGCCCGUCGAUUUAGAUAUGAACUAA